AUAUGAAGCGUAAACAUAAUUUAGAAACGUUAGUGAGGAUAGAAGAUCGUAAACGAAAACAUAUUGAAUUGACACAAAGAGUAAUUAAGCUUAUGAGGCGAAUUCAAGUGCUGCGAUUAAGUGGAACACUGAUUCGAUCCGAUGAAGAAGCUUUAAAAGGGCGAUUAGAAGAUAUAAAACAGCAAUUGCAAAGGUCGUCGAGAAAACUUGAAACGCUCAAAACGCAAUAUAAUGUAACAAAACUACAAUGGGGGGUUCGAGAACCUCCAGUGACUCAUAAAUUUAAUGCAGUAAAUGAUAAUCAAUUAGAGAAUAUUAUAAAGGUGCUUGACACUGAACAAACAGGAAUAGUUCAUGAUAUUGAAACACUAAAGAAGGAUUCAAAAGACAUUGAUGUUAUUAUUCGCCACCUUAACGAU